CAGACUGGCAUCUCAGUAAUUUCCCAAUCCCAUCUCCCCUCCGGUGAAGCUCCUCCCUGACAGGUAUUUGUUUUUGCGUCGCAGUUUUCUGGACUAUUGAUGGAUUUUUUUUCCUUGUUUUCUUUAUUUUAUGUUCUUCUGGUUAGAUAUUAAAGUUAAAGGCGCAAAAUGUUCGGUAUUUCGUACGGAGAGCUCUUCCUCUUGAUCGGUGCCACAGCUGCUCUAGUCGGGAAUUCUGCCAUGGAUUUUACCAGUGGAUUGCUAUCAUAACUGAGAAGCCAUAAGCUGCCUCCUUUUACAGGAAAGAAGAGGACCUUGUGAAUAAAUCACAGAUAUUAAAGUUAAAGGCGCAAAAUGUUCGGUAUUUCGUACGGAGAGCUCUUCCUCUUGAUCGGUGCCACAGCUGCUCUAGUCGGACCAAAGGAUUUGCCUAGAAUUGCCAGAGCAGCAGGGAGGUUAGCGGGUCGGUCCAUCGGGUAUGUUCAGUUAGCUCGAGGCCAAUUCGAUAAUGUUAUGCAGCAGUCUCAAGCUCGCCAGGUUCAUAAAGAGCUUCAAGAUGCAUUGGCUCAGCUAGAGUCGAUUCGUUAUGAAGUCCGAAGCAUAUCACUUAUGAACCCCGGUCCUAUGACUCGAAAGCUGAUUGAUAAUAUUCAAGACCCGGCUCCUUUGAGUAGUGGAACCAACAUUUCACUUGAGAAGCCCAAGGAGGAGCGGAAGUCAAUAAAUAGUGUAAUGAAGGAUAGUACUUUGAGAACCUCCAACGCACCUAAUUUUCAUAGUCAAGCAACUGCGUAUGCAAAAUUGGCUGAAUCUGAUGCUGUGAAGGCUGGCACUUUAAAAAGCGGUGCAGUGAAAGAUGACCUUUAUGAUGAGAGUGGUCUUUUCAUUGUUCUCCCAAUUUCAGCUGAAAGCACUGGGAUGCUACCAAAUCGCAAGGAGAAUGUUAAAGGAUCGGACCUUGUGUUGGAAGCGGUAGUUGAAGCAGAGGUAGCACGUAAUGCCAAAGAUUUCUUUUCACAACCUGAAAAUCAAAUACAGGGAACUGAAAAGUGACUGAAAAGGUGAGGACCUUCUUCUUUAAAAAAAAAAUCAUCACUUUGUUUGUGUUUGGCAUUGUUGGCACAGAACCGAGCACAAUGGCGUUCUAGGAUUCACACAACCAACCCUACUUAGUGGGAAAAGGCUUUGUUGUUGUUGUUGGCAUCGUUGGUCUUAAACAACAAACUUUACUUCUUGUUGCAGCGUCAUUAGGAACAACUAAAAUUGUCAUGUAAUAGAGGAAUUUUGUUCCCAUUUAAAGUGGUUGGUUUAUUAGUAUGUGGGAAUGUUUAGGGUGUAGGGGAUAAGGGCAGGGGUAUAUCAGAUGCGAGUCAACUUGUUUUUGGCUGUGCAUAUUAAACACAUUAGUUGCUCGUUGCAAUUUUCAGUUUGCGUUUCCA